AUGGCAACUUCGUCGACGAGCACUGGGUAUGUCCAAGUCAUCGAGGACGUUAUCAACAACAUCAUAGAAGAAUUCAUCAACAAUGGUGGCCCUGGUGAAGUAAUCCUUACCGAAUUCCAAGGAAUGAUGCAAGUUGGGGCUAUACUGGUUCCAAUUGAUAGAUCUUCUAUGAAGCUAACAACCCCUGUGAUCCCGACAAACCAUGUUCAUGAUCUUAAUGUACCUUAUGAAGACCUUGAAGAGUAUGAAACUCCUAAUAUUGAUUUACUUUUUCCUCCGACUCCGAUGCAAACGCCUUUUCCUUCUCAAACACCAAUACCUGGAACAACCCUAACACCUUUACCAAGUUCAUUGGACAGUUCACACAACAUACCUACUGAGGGCACUCCCAUGAACCCAAAUGAUUAUCCUCCUGUAAACAAUAGUGGAGCUUCAGAGAGCAGAGUUAGGAGGCCAAGCCCUUACAUGGUUGAAAGAGGAGCAGCUAGUCAACCUACAACUCAGGAUUUCUUUUUAUCUUUUGGAAAACGAAAGAGGGAAUAUUUCCCCUCACAAUAUCUUCAAGGUGGACAUAUUCCACAGCAAGAUAGAGCUGGAGAUUUGAUAACUAAUAACUCUGAGCUACAAGUACCAACUCCUACCAUGGUCAACCAAAAUGAUGUUGUGGAUGGUGAUGAAGAAGAGCCUUUGAAUGAAAAUGAUGAUGAUCUUGAUGAUGUGGAUCACGGCGAUGAAGUAAAUACAUAUCACCUAAUUAUGGCUCAGUUUAUCAAGGUAUGA